UAUAAAAGAUAUAGGCUGGGCCAGUGUAAUGUGGGAAUCGCUCCAAAAAUGCAUGAAAAAGAGUUUUUUAAAUUGGGUAGAUACAGUUGUGACCAUGAGCCAAAAUGAAGAUGACAUUAAAGAAUGGAAAACAACAUUUUUGGAACAGUUUGAAGAAAGGUAACUAUCUGUCUAUCCAAAAUAAUAUAAGUUUCUCUUAUUAUUUAUAUAUACACCUUUUUAUAGUACCAAAUCCAAAUGUUAUCAUAUAUAUUGACUGAGCUUUCUCAAUCAGUUUUCUUUUAAACUGAUUAUUAAUAUUCAGCUCAAAUUAUUUUUUUCCAUUCAUUGUUUCAGACUAAAGUCUAUUUUUAUGAAUGACAGAGUAAUAAAAUGAUGAAGCAUUUGUAAUUCAUAGGCAUUGGGAAACAGGGUCACAAAAUAUAUGAAAGUUCCCUGUAUUUUAUUGAGAAUGUUUAUUUUGGUAAACUAAGUUAAAAUUAAAUAUUUACAAUAUGAACUUCAUUAGAAAAAGCAAGGAAUUAUAAUUUAGGGAUAGAGUUUAUUCCAUAUGGUACAAAUCCAAUUUAUAAGAAUGAAACCAUAAUACAUCUAGAUAUUUUUAAUGAAAUUAGAGUGUGUUCAUAUAUCCUGUUUGAUCCUGAUUUAUAAAAACAAAUGCUUCUUUUGGAUUUUUAUCCUGUAAUUUCCAAGGAGAAAGUUAUUUAGUAGAAUUCCGCAUUGAGGGCUGUUAGCAAACAAAACAUAUGUCUUUAUCAUUGGGAAUACUUUUUCACCUUGAAUAGGUUCCUUGUUUUGCUUGUUAAGGGUCCAAUGUUAUCCAGAAAUUCAAGUAAACUUCAACACUGAUUUAUUUUGAGGCAUCAAGCAACAAUAGAAACUGAUAUGGUCUAUUCUCUACAAAGAUUCUUGAUUGUUCACAUUCUUUAUAAGCGUGUACAAGUUUAAAUUUUUAUAUUUGGAACACUGGCAGCUAGGCAGAAGUUUCCAAUAUUAUCAAAUACAAUUGCUCUAUUAAUGAGCUUAUUAUAUCACAGCAAUCACAGUCGUGUUGAACUAUUGUUUUAGGUAGUUUUUUUAAUUCACCUUUUUUUUUCUAAUUAGAGUUCCUUAUGAUAAAACAGAUAUAAUCAUCAUCAAGAUUUUCCAUCCUUUGGAUUAUGCCCUCAAUUAGCAAUAUAAAAUGAUUUCCUCAGACAAUUCAAAAACCCUAUUUUAAUCAAUCAUAAAGAAUUAACUGAAAAAUAUCUAUUUUUAGUUUACCCUGGGAUAUUUGAUGCAGCGUUAACAACAGGUAUUUCAAGUAUUGUGUAAUUAUUAUAGUUCUCUUUUUUUGCAAAGUGUAGUAGAAUAAUAAACCCUAUGAUAGUAAAAGUAAUGUUCUCUUUGUCUAUCUAUUACUUUUUCCAGGUGCAUUGAACUAGUUGUAGAUAUCAGAGAAUUACAUGAGCAAGUCCUAUUGAACAUAGAGAAAUAUCUUGAAAGAAUACAAGUUUUAUGCAAACUUCUGCAAAUAGAUAUGCCAGUUAUUGGGCAGCAGAAAUUAGGAUUAUAUCAAGAACAAUUUCAACUAAAAAAACAAAUCAAAUUAUUAGAACAGAUGAGCGAAUCAAGAUUAUUGCUAUUUAAUCCAUUACAUGCUAAGCAAUUAGAAUUAUGUAAAAAUCUUGGCAAAGAACCUAAAUUUAUAGUCAAAAAUUCUUUGCCUACAGUUGAGGACAUUGAAGAUUUAGAAAAAUAUAUUGAUGAACUGGAACAGGAAUCUUUUAAAAGACUGGAAACGUUCACAUCGAUCAAAGGAGAACUUGAGCAAAUAGUGAGUCAGCUAAAAUACACUCCUUCCACAUAUUUCGAAAAUGCUGUUUUGAAUGGCAGUGAAAAUGAUUUUGCAUUAACUGAAGAUAAUAUGGAAUCUUUAUAUGCGUUCUACAAUAGUAUGAAGAAGGAAUUGGACAACGUCAAAGAAGAGAUUGACCUGUUAUGGAACAAAAUUGAAAAUAUUUGGACUUUACUAGAAAUUGAUUUUGUUGAAAGGGAACGGUUUCGUAAAAAAUAUGUAGAAAUUUCAAAGGAAACCUUAGAAGCUUUAAGACAAGAAAUGAGAAGAUGUGAAAAUUUAAAAAUGGCUAAUAUCAAGAUUUUUGUUGAAAGAGUUCGUCAGGAAUUGCAACAGAUCUGGAAACAGUGUCAUUGCUCCGAAUCUGUUUUAAGUGACUUCAGAUAUAUCUAUUGUGAUACGUAUACUGAGGAUCUCCUGGAACUGCAUGAAGAAGAGCUCAAAAAAUGGACAGCGUAUUUAGAGAAAAACAAAGAAACCAUUACUUUAAUAAAUAAACAUCGCCGUUUGUGGGAUAAAUUAACAGAAUUGGAAAUAAAUUCAAUUAAUCCAGAUCGUUUCAAUAACCGAGGGGGUAAACUUUUGAAGGAAGAAAAGGAAAGGAAUUUAUUGUUCAAACAGGUAUCAAAAAUUGAAACAAACUUGAUUAAUCUGGCGGAAACAUAUGAACGCAAAUACAAAGUACCUUUUCUAACAUAUGGACGUACUAUCAAGGAAUAUAUCGAUGACAGACAUGCGAACAAAGAAAAUGCAAAAUUAAUGUUUAAAAGUGCUAUGAAACUACAGAAAGGAACAUCAAUGAAUAUGCCAUCAGUACAAAGGACCACUUCGACAUUAAAGAGAAACAUGGCUGAAUUUCCUUCAACAAAUCCAAAAAAAUUAAAGGUGGUCUCUCAUAAAGCGCUUACUGAGCCAAAGAGCAGUCGAUGUCAAUUGAAAAUACCUAAGAUUUUGGUUACAUCAAUUAGUAGUACUAAACGUUGGUCGGCUGAAAGAAAAAAACGAAUCGAAAAAAUUCGUCGAAUAAGUGGGCAGAAAGAAAUGCGUGAUACUUCAUCCUACAUAGAAUUUCAGAAUGACUUAUCAAAUCGAAAAGAUUUGCGUAGUACCCUAGAUGGUCUAGGUGGUAGUGAUGAAUAGUCUAGUACCGAAUCGUCUCCUAGAAUAUUACCAAGCACCAAUAACAAAUAAUGUAUACCAAGCUGUAAAAAUUUCCAGGAUCAGCUCGAAAUAUAUUAAAUAUUGUCUGAAUAUUCAUUGUGUUUUGUAAAAAAUGUAAUAUAUGAAUAGUUCUACUUUGAUUUUAUGUAUAAAUAACUUAUUUUUUCGAAUAUACAAAUUAAUCCUUAUGCAA